AUGGCAGAUGAAAAGAGAUCCGUCGAUAUGGUCGACCACAAGAAGGUGCCUAUCCUCUCAACCAUCGAUGGCGAUAUUGCCUUAGACAGCCUCGUGAUUGAGGACCGCGAGGUCAAGGAACAGGCUUUAGUGCGCAAGGUCGAUAUUCGCAUGAUGCCAUUGAUGAUGUUGCUUUGGAUUGCACUGAUGGUUUGCAGCGGGUACAUCUUGACACAGGUGCCGACCAAUAUGAUUCUUGACAAGAUGCGUCCUUCCAUUUUCUUGCCGGCCAUCAUGUGUAUGUGGGCGACCGUCUCCACCUGCACAGGCGCUGUACAGAACUACCAAGGCAUUGUCGUCCUCAGAUUUUUUCUCGGCUUCGUUGAGGCUCCAUUCUUUCCUGGUGCGCUGUAUCUAUUCAGCUCAUGGUAUACCAAACGCGAACUUGCCAAGCGCAUAUCUAUCCUAUACGCGGCGGGGCAGAUGGCAGGAGCCUUCGGUGGUCUUCUCGGAGCUGCAAUAAUGGGUGGGAUGGACGGUAAGGCAGGUCUACCGGCUUGGAGAUGGUUAUUCAUUAUUGAAGGAGUUGUGUGUUUCCCUGUUGCAGCUUUUACGAUGAAGAUCUGUCCAGACUAUCCCGGAACCACUAAGUGGCUUACUGAAGAAGAACGGAAACUCGCCGUGCUUCGCAUUGCAGAGGAAGCCAACCAGGACGAUAACCGCGCCGAGGUUACCGCUGUACAAGGUGCUAAGCUAGCUUUUGCUGAUCCAGUACUGUACCUCAUUUGGUUCAUGCAGUUAGGUCUGAACACUGCUGCAAGCUUCAUCAAUUUCUUCCCGACCAUCGUCAAGACGCUCGGAUAUGGUCAAACGACGACUUUAUUGCUCUCCGCACCUCCAUACGUCUUUGCGGCCAUCCUUGGUAUUUGCAACUCAUGGCACUCGGACAAGACCAAGGAGCGCUGGCUACAUGUCGUAUGGCCUCAAAUCUUCUGCAGCAUCGGCUUCAUCAUCUCCGCGACGACGAUGAACCUCGCUGCCCGCUACACAGCGACCUUCAUGAUGAUGUCUGUGUACGGAUCUUUUGGGUGCAUAUUGUCCUGGGUAUCUACUUCGCUUCCUCGUCCACCCACCAAGCGCGCAGUUGCAUAUGCGGUCGUAAACGCCGGUUCAAAUCUCGCGUCCAUAUAUGCGUCGUACUUUUAUCCCAGCUCGCAGGGACCGAGAUAUUGGCAGGCAAAUGUUGCGAACGUAGCCUUUGCAGGAAUGUGCGUCAUUCUGGCGACUGUGACGAGGUUCUAUCUGGCCUGGAGGAACAAACAGCUGGAGAAAGCCGCAGCAGAAGACCUGGCGGAGGGAUACGAUGGGCCCGUGGAAGGCAGCAAGGCAGCGAUGGUAGCGGCGCGCUGGCAUUGUGACCCGGCAUACAGGUUCACGCUUUGA